CUCCUAAACCUACUCUUGUAAAUGCGCGGCCGAAGGGUGACUGUCGUUUAGUGUAGCAGUUUAGGGUUUACUUUAGGCCAGCUAUAAUACGUGCUGCUCUGUACAUUUUGCACUUCCACAUGUUCUGUUCCUGUUUCAUAUCCUGAUUUUGUCUAUGUUUUUGUGUGAAACAUCCUGUUGAACUGUGCAUAACUCUUGUGUGACCUUGAUACUGAGUGUGCAAAGCACAUUCCGUAACUUUCCACUGCUGAUACUACCUGCGAGGAGUGUAUAUAAGGCCCCGACGCAGCUGCGCGUUGGGGCACGGCUGAGAAUAAACCAGAUUGAUUUAACUCAUGUGGUUUGUCCUCCUUUGUCCUCGGAGUACUCCUGGUAACGCAUCUGAACAGCACGCAGCGCAAUCCUAACAAUUUGGUGACCCCGACGUGAUACUCUCAAUCAGGUAAGACAUGUUUGAUUGACUACCUGGUUGGAAGUAGCUCCGUAGUGCCCUAAGGAGGGCUUUGUUUUCCCUGGUUCGAGUCCAGGAAGAGCGCGCUAUAGAAAUUUGUGUAGCGCCCUAAGGAGGGCUUUGUUUUCCCUGGUUCGAGUCCAGGAAGAGCGCGCUAUAGAAAUUUAGAUAAAUAUCUGCUGUUUGUUUCUGUUCAGAUCCGUUUGCUUUACUGUACGAUGGGGGGCUCGUAUCCUAAACCUGAGGUCACAGACACCCCGGCGGAAUGGAUGAAUAAGUGCGGUUUAGGCUAUUACGUUACGCCGUGGCUGGACAAUUUGGCUGGGUGGACGGAGGCAAAUCCUCAGAUUCCAUCGUAUCCCCGUGAUGGGACGUUUAAUCCAGGCUUCCUUGCUUCAGCGCACCGUAUGAUUUACGAAAGCAAUGGUUUGACAUGAAGAAGGUAUGGGAUAAAUCAAAGGGUGUUUACACCCCGAGACCUGUUUUAAAGGCUAUUCCAAAACCAAAACUUUCUCAGUCAACCUCCCAUGUAAAGCGAGGGAGGAAUAGUUACGUCCCACUCAUUCCUCAUCUCAUAUACAUGUCCAGUAAAUUUGUUAGCACAUGAUUUAAUGUGCAAAUUAGAAGUAAAUCUCACAUCCACUCCAGAUGGACUAACUAUUGAAGUAAGUGAAAUGUGCGGUGUGCAGUAUGGGUUUGGAAGCCCUCUGUAUGUGUAUGUCUGGCAGCUCUGUUCAGAUCAGCUCACACAAACUCCAAAACACCUUGUACAGCUCGCACACUUGAACACCUCAUCAGUUGACACAGAUUAUAUGAUGAGGAGCGUUUGCUCGAAAUAGUCGAUGUGUUGCAACCUAGAAAUGACGUCGCUGUGAAUAUAAAGGAAGAAAUAGCUCCGGCUCAGGAAGGUGGCCGUCCGCGUCAACGCACCGUGUCGACAUUUUUUUGGAGGGACACACCGAAUGCUUUGCAGCUCCUGCGUGAGCAGUUAACUAGGUAUUUCUCCGCCUGAUGUUUUUGCCCUAUCCAGUUCUGUGCUGCCACAUAACAUUCUGAACGCUGCUUGUACGUCCCAAGCUCCUUCCCCUGUUCUCUCUGCUCUUCCUAACACCCUGUGGGCGGAUCAUAAGGACGAUGUGGGCUCUGUGAGCUGCUCUCCGUAUGAAGCUGUUAUUAAACACUCUACACCUGUUUAUGUUAAACAAUACCCUCUGUCUCCUAGUAAGCUCAAUGGUAUUGACAAUAUUCUAAAAUCUCUUUUGCAGCAAGGUGUCGUGGUUCCUUGUGUCAGCCCGUAUAACACCCCAGUGAACCCGGUCCCAAAACCGGAUGGCACAUGGAGCCUCACUCAAGACCUACGUAAAAUAAAUGAACUCAUCGUUCCCGUGGCUCCAGUGGUCCCUGACGUUCCUUCUCUUAUGUCUUCUAUUCCAUGGGAAGACAAUACACGUGGACGCGGUUGCCACAGGGUUUCAUUGACUCACCGGCGGUCUUCACUGCCGUAUUGCGGGACGCGCUGGCUGAUCUCUGUCUUCCCCGGGGCUCCACGGUGCUCCAGUAUGCGGAUGAUCUUCUGGUAACGGCGGAGGAUCAAGACGCUUGUGCUGCCGCCACAUUGUCUCUCCUCACACUCCUGGUGCAGAAGGGUUUCAAGGUCUCCCGCACGAAGUUGCAGUUUUGCCUCACAACUGUUCGCUACUUGGGACAUGACCUCUCCCAGGGUUCCAGGAGGCUUAGCCCGGAACGCGUUCAAGUCAUUAUGGACACUCAGGCUGCGGAGCUCUAUGCUUUGACUCGCGCGUGUAUUUUGGCUCAAGACACAGACGUUACUAUUUACACCGACUCACGCUACGCUUUCGGCGUGGCGCACGACUUCGGCCGCAUUUGGGCGUCUCGGGGGUUUACGACAGCCGACGGUAAGCCCAUUUCUCAUUCUUCACUUGUUACUGAUUUAAUCACCGCCUGUCUCCUUCCGUGCACGUUGGCCAUUGUUAAGACACGCGCGCACACAAGAGGGGACUCAUUUGAAGUAAAGGGCAAUUCAUUCGCUGAUCGAGUCGCUAAAGCUGCAGCCGCAUCCGGUGUCCUGCCUCCAGGCUUUAACUGCGCUUUAGUUUCUACUGAUCGCAUGGUUAGCGCUGUCUUACCUGACAUAGAUCUCAUUUCCAUCCAGGCCUCGGCCUCUGUGGCAGAUACGCAGUUCUGGGACGCCCAGGGCGCGACAGAGAAGAGUGGCGUUUUGCUUGACGCACAGGGCCGUCUUUGUUUACCUCGUCACUGUACUCCCUUUCUCGUCCGCGAGUUCCAUGGUCCCACUCAUCGCGGCCGAAGAGGGGUAGUGGAGGAUAUGAACAGAACAUUCUGCAUCAAUAAUUUGCACACAGACGCACACAACAUUCUGGACAAGUGUUUAACGUGCGCCCAGAAUAAUCUAUCUAAACCAGGCGCGGUACAUCAGCACCUUCCCAUACCCGACACGCCUUUCCAAGAAUGGCAGAUCGACUUCACUCACAUGCCAAAGCAGGGCCCGUUCAAAUACCUUUUGGUCAUGAUUGACAAAUUUUCACGGUGGAUUGAGGCUUUCCCGUGUAGCAAAGAGAACGCCCAAACAGCAGUGAACAAACUUACACAGGAAAUUAUCCCACGUUACGGUCUUCCGGUAGGAAUUGACUCUGAUAAGGGAACGCCGUUCACCUCUAAGGUAACGCAGGAGCUAUGUAAAGACCUCAAGAUCAAUUGGCGUUUUCAUAUCCCAUACCAUCCACAGUCCUCUGGCAUUGUGGAGCGCGCGAAUAGAACAAUUAAGGGUAAGUUGCGUAAGGCUAUGCAAGACGCAGGCACGAAAAAUUGGGUCCAAGUUUUACCGUUGGUCCUCGCUGAUAUGCGCAUGACUGCUCAGGUCGCUCUCGACAAUUUAUCUCCGUACGAGCUCGUCAUGGGACGCCCCUUUCCUGUCCCUUGGCGUAGAGGCAUGCAGGUUAUAGGAACGGGUGAUCUUGAAGUACAUCUCAGCGAGUACGCGGUGGGUCUCAUGCGGGUGCUGGAUGAGUAUUGGGCGAGAGUAAAUUCCAAAAAGCCUCCCAUUCCAGAGGCACACACUCACCCCUUUGAGGUAGGGGACAGAGUUUUAGUACAGAGAUUCGCUAAACUAAACGCUCCCAUGGAGGAGUCACCCUACAGUGGGCCCACCGAUGUACUCGCUGUAACUCGCACGGCUGUGCUAACGGACCUUUUUCCACAGUGGAUCCAUGCCAGCAGAAUAAAGAAGGCUCCAAUGUAAUAGAAAUCUAUAUUGUUGAUGCUUAACAGACUUUUGUGUUUCAGAAAGUUGCUGUGACAAUAGCUGACGGCCUUUUCAGGGAUCCCCUUCCAGCAUCUGGAGCAAUCCAGUUUCGGCUGAUCUACAAAGAGGGGAUGGUUGGUGAGUCUUGCAAAGUUCUGGGCUGAAGAGUCUGAAAAGCACGGGAGCCUGUGACAUUUUUCGCCGUCUGCACCCUGUGAGCAUUAGAGAACAAAGUCAGUGACCAGUAUGACUUUCUUCAUCAUCGUGCUGAUCUCAACGCUUGGGGCAGGGUUACCCGCACAAGCAAUACACCGGGACCCAAGGGAUAACGAGUUUUGGAAAUAUGUAAACUUCACUGUAAAAACAUCAAUGAAUAUGAGUAAACCCUGUUAUGUGUGUUCUUUGUUACCCCAUGACAGCAGCGCUCCUUUCCGGUCCGAAUAGCCCCGUCUAACUACUCUGAGGUUAAUAUAUAAUAUGAUGAUCUCGCACACAGGUUAUGUCCCUGUGUCGGCCACGACUGGGGUGUGAAUAAUACUCUGGGCUUGCGUCAGAGUAUUAAAGAGGGGAUUGUAAGAAUAUAAUCCUGAAUACUCCUAAACCUACUCUUGUAAAUGCGCGGCCGAAGGGUGACUGUCGUUUAGUGUAGCAGUUUAGGGUUUACUUUAGGCCAGCUAUAAUACGUGCUGCUCUGUACAUUUUGCACUUCCACAUGUUCUGUUCCUGUUUCAUAUCCUGAUUUUGUCUAUGUUUUUGUGUGAAACAUCCUGUUGAACUGUGCAUAACUCUUGUGUGACCUUGAUACUGAGUGUGCAAAGCACAUUCCGUAACUUUCCACUGCUGAUACUACCUGCGAGGAGUGUAUAUAAGGCCCCGACGCAGCUGCGCGUUGGGGCGCGGCUGAGAAUAAACCAGAUUGAUUUAACUCAUGUGGUUUGUCCUCCUUUGUCCUCGGAGUACUCCUGGUAACGCAUCUGAACAGCACGCAGCGCAAUCCUAACAGUAUACUUAGUAAGGAGGCUAUAAUAUUUAUUCUGGGGGAGGACCCCCCCCCCAACAAAAUAAAACAACACCAGAGGCCACGUUACCACUCGCGCACCCUUCUCACCUUUUUCACCCCUGACCCGUUUUCAUGCCGGUUUUUAUCUUUGUUAUAAUAAAUUCAAUUAUUAUUAAAA